UAGGUUGCAGUGGAAAAAAAACCUGUUCAGUCAGUGGGUGUGAAACUAGUCGUGAAGACACUUUGUAUCCGGGACGUUUUAGUGUCGGUGAAACUCUGCGUGGUGACAUUUCACCUAUCCGUUGUUCUAGCGCAGGGUUGCAGUGGUCUGGAGCCUAUCCCAGAUGCAAAGGACAUGAGGCCAGGUACACCCUGUACAGGACCCCCGGCAAUCUCUCUCUCUCACACACACACACUUGAAGGGCAGUUUAGAGUCACCAAUCAAUGCAGCUAAAACAUGACUUCAGACCGUGGCAGAGGAAACCCGAAGAAUAGGAAGGCGGUCGCGGAGAGAACAUCAACAUGCAAACUCCCAGGCAGCCCGAGCUCCAUCCGAGAAUCCAGCGCUACGUGCUCGGCCCCCGCGUGCCACCCUGGUCACACACGAGCGAGCGCGAGAGCCGAGCGGCCCCGCCCACUUCCUGCUACACCUGUCUGACAGGUAGCUCGCGCUCGCACUCGCACAACAUGGACGCCGGACGGCGGAUCGGAAUCAUGUAACUCGGUGCGUCUGUGCGCCUUCGAGUCCGGGCUCUGCGAAGAUCAUCAUCAUGUGGUGGCGACGGCAUCACCGCGGCAGACUCGUCCUCCUGCUCCUCGUCGCCGCCACUUUUGCCGUAUGGAGGGUCUCUGCCAUGAAGGUGAGCUGCUCAGCCGAGCUAAAAGCCAUCCAGGGGAACGUUCUCACCCUGGGCUGCUCCUUCAGCUCCACUAGCCGUGUGUCCAGCCUCACGUCCGUGGAGUGGUCUUACCGGCCACCGGACGGCCAGCCUAUGCAGUCUGUUUUCCACUUCUUUUCCAAGUCCUACCCACCCACGGAGGGUCAGUUCAAAGGGCGCAUUAAGUGGAAUGGGGACAUUGCAGGUGGUGAUGCCUCCCUCCAGCUUCUCAACGCUUCCCUCAAUGAUAAUGGCACCUUCACGUGUGCCGUGAGGAAUCCCCCUCAGGAUGUCCAUGGUUCCCCAUGCCAGAUGGAGUUAAGGGUUACUCCCAGGGAGUUGAGCCUUCGCUUCUCCUAUGUUGCUGUUCUGAUGGCUCUGAUCCUGUUGCCCUCUGCUGUCAUCACACUUGUGUUGCUGGGACGGAUGUGCUGUUGCCAGAGGGACACGACUUUGCCGCAGGGUUACCACUCACCCAUCGAGGUGAUAGAAGGGGAGGAACAUGACCACAUGAUGCACAAAGUGAAGCAUCGAAAGUUCUUUUGCUGUGAAAUGCAUCUACAGGAUUUUGAUGAUGAAAAUUACUACAACAGCUCAGAGGAACUGCAGAAAGAGGCUAUUGCAGAAUCUCGGUGUUAGCAGCCUGUGGUCAGGGAAAUGAAAAAGCUGCAGCCCACUCUUUCUCCACGGAUGGUACAGUGCAGACCCCGAGCUGAAAUGUAAUAAAGGACAUUGAAAUGAGCAGGGCCUCUACUGAUGUUCAGAAUCCUCUCACUUUCUUUUGGCUUUUUUGCUGAUAUGUCUUCCAGUUGUGGAGCUUCAUGGUUUUAAAACAUGAGGAUUUAUCGAGUUGCGUUUCAUCUUUACUCCCCAAGAAAAUGCAUAUAAUGCUUAUAUACGUAUAUGCAUGUCAUGAGCAAUGCUUGAUACGUAAUGACACUGAUUAGCACAAAACUUUAGGUAAUCUUUUUCCUUUUUUCAAGCCAGUCUGUUCAUUUUUCCGGUUAGAAUUUGUAAUUUAUUAUUUGCCUUGUAACUUUUCAGAAGAGGUUCACCUUUACCUAUUUUUAUAGUGAAGAUGUACAGGUAUUUAAAUAUGAACCAGUUUGUGUGGAAAUGCUGAGUUGCAUGUGGUUCACUUAGUUUUUUGUGGUACUUCACUGGACUGCUGUUUGGUGAAUGCAUGAAUAAAUCUUACUUGCAAGAACUUUAUAUUUUCUGAAAUGUGCUCUGUCUCAAUGCUGUUAGUUUUAUGGCAACAGUAAAUGGAAAAUUACAUCUCAUAGAUAAAGUAAAUUCGUGUUUUUCAAGACUUGUAUGCACAUGAAAAUUGGUCCUUUUUCCUGCAGUAAUAUGCAUAUUGGUAGUCUCACCUAUUGCUGUAUAAAUGGUAAAUAAUUGUAGGU